AGGGGCGUCGCGCGGCCAGCUGAGGGUCCCUGUUGUUGCUUCACUGCCCGCUGGACACCUGUCCACCAAUCGCAGGUCUCCUUACUGGACGCCCUGAGAGUCCCUAGUAACACUCGGUGGCUUUGGAAAUCUGCGGGUGCUCAUGCCUCGCCAAGAGCCGCCUCUCGGGAUGGACACCCCGCCGCCAGAGAGGCCCAGGGAGCAGCCCAUGGAGAAGCCGAGGCACCGGGAAGAGGGGCUGGAGUUCAAAGAGCUGGACGGGCUCCGCGAAGCCCUGGCCAAUCUGCGGGGCCUGUCGGCAGAGGAGAAGGGCGAGAAGGCGCUGCUGCACUCACGCAUCCUUGAGCAGUCCCAGCUCAUCUGCAUCUUGAAGCGGCGCUCGGAUGAGGCCCUGGAGCGCUGCCAGGUCCUGGAGCUGCUCAACACCGAGCUGGAGGAGAAGAGGGCCUCGGAGGCCGAGGAGCUGAGGGCCAAGAGCGAGCAGGCCCGCAGGAUAGAGGAGCGCUUCCUGACCCUGGCUGCCAACCACGAGCUGAUGAUCCGCUUCAAGAACGAGCACAAGAGUCAGAACGUCAAGCUGAGAGAGGAAAACAAGAAGCUGAGGCUGGAGAACGACAACCUCUUCAGCCAGGCCCUGAAGGACCAGGAAGCCAAAUCAGCGCAGCUCACCCUCCAGAGUGAGGCCUUGGCUCAGGAGCUGGAGGCUCUGAAGCAGAGAUGCUCCCAGGAGGCUUGUGAGGCCCAGGCCCGAGAGAAGGAGCUGCUGGAGCUGCACUGCCAGCAGGCCCGCGCCCAUACGCAGGAAACCGAGCAGCUGCGCAGACAGCUGCAGAGCCUGGAGCAGGAGCACCGGCAGGCGAUGGAGCAGAUGGCCAAGGCUGAGGACGAACACAGCAGUCUGAGCCAGGAGCUGCAGGCCAGGCUGCGGGUUGUCUCGGUCGAGAAAGAGGAGCUGCUGCAGCUGUCCUUGGAGAGGGGCAAGGCGCUUCAGAACAAGCAGGUGGAGAUCCACCAGCUAGAGCAGAAGCUGGAGACCGCAGAGGAGGCCCGGAGGUGUGCCCUCCAGCGCUUUGAAACGGAGGCAGCAGCUGUGGACAGCAAUCUGAGAGUCCGUGAGCUCCAGCGCAAGGUGGAUGGGAUCCAGAAAGCCUAUGACGAACUCAGGCUGCAGUCCGAAGCCUUCAAAAAGCAUAGUCUGGAUCUUCUAAGCAAGGAGAGAGAACUCAAUGCCAAACUCCGCCAUCUCUUUCCAUAAGGAAGCAAGCUUUUGCUUCCUCUGGUGGGCAACUCUGAAUUCAGAUAGUUGUGCCUCUGUGUGAUUGCUAAGAGUAGAGAUCAUAUUCCAUUUGUUAUACUUUUAAGCACAAAAAACAGACAAAAGAUAAGCUACUUUACUAUGAUACUGUUUGUGGUUAAUACUGUAAGGCUAUCUUUAUGCUAUCUACCAAGAAGACACAAGCUUUACCAGAUUUCUUUUUGUACCUUUGAAAUCUUAAUUUUGCUGCCAUAUCACCUUAUCGUAAUUUAAUCACUAUCCAUCUUCAGUAUCUUCAUACAUCCUAGGAUUUUACAUUAACAGAGCCUAUGACUCAAGCAAACUUUAAAUAUGCAAAUGAAAAAUGUGCCACCAUUAAUUUUUUUUUUUAAAAAAAACAUACUUAGCCUUUGCUCUACAAGCAUUUACCUACCUAGGUACACUGUGAACAGAUAGGCCUUGUAGAUAGAUAUGAUUUCUGUAUUUAAGACUGUGAGCUGUCAACAGCAGAAUAGCAAGGAGAAUUUGCAGGGGGAAAAGGUGAUCUUGCAAAAGUUCAAAUAAUUUCUGGCUUCGUCUACUUUCAGCAGUAUGCUCUUUAUUUUAUUUUUAUUUUUUAUGUUAUUUGCACUAGCUUGGAAACAAAGAUUAAACAAAAUGUUUACCAACUUUUACUGCAGUCAUUCUACAUGAGCAUUAAGACUCAAAUAGUGACAACAAUCCAUUCUUAUUUUUCUUGCAGUCUUGAAUCAUACUUUAUUGUCUUGGUUUUCUCCUUAAUAAAAGCAGAAUUUAAAGGUGCAAGAAUGAAA